AGAAAGCAGAAGGCUGCUUCCCAGCAUUGGUGGCUGAGCCAAUGCCCGCCGCAGUCGGAGGACACGGAGCUGAGCACCCGCCCAGAGCAAGUCCAUGCUGGAGCCGGCCAACGCCACGGGGAUGCAGGGCUUCAAUGGCUCCGAGCGAUGCCCCCGGGACACUCGGAUCACCCAGCUGGUGUUCCCCACCCUCUACACGGGGGUCUUCCUGGCGGGUGCCCUGCUCAACGCACUGGCCCUGUGGGCGUUCCUGCGAAUCCCCAGCUCCUCCACCUUCGUCAUCUACCUCAAGAACACUUUGGUGGCUGACCUGAUAAUGACACUCACGCUUCCUUUCAAAAUCCUCUCUGACGCGCACCUCGGGCCCUGGCAGCUCAGAGCAUUCGUGUGCCGCUUCUCCUCCGUGGUCUUCUACGAGGCCAUGUAUGUGGGCAUCACGCUGCUGGGCCUCAUAGCCUUUGACAGGUUCCUCAAGAUUGUCAGACCUUUCGAGAAAUCAUUCGUGAAAAAACCUGCUUUUGCAAAAACGGUCACAGUCUUCGUCUGGCUCCUUCUCUUCUCCAUGUCCCUGCCGAAUAUGAUCCUGAAUGACAAGGAAGCAACUCCAGUGUCUGUGAAAAAGUGUGCGUCCCUGAAGGGGCCUCUGGGGCUGUGGUGGCAUCGGCUGGUGAACUACGUAUCCCAGGGCAUUUUCUGGACUGUGUUUGUCCUAAUGCUUCUGUUUUAUACGGUGAUUGCCAAAAAAGUCUAUGAUUCUUAUAAAAAGGUCAAAAGUAAGGAUGGCAAAAGCAAGAAGAGGCUGGGGGGGAAGGUGUUCGUGGUCUUGGCUGUCUUCUUCCUGUGCUUUGCCCCGUUUCACUUCACCCGCAUCCCCUACACUCACAGCCAAACCAGCAGCAAGAAGGACUGUGCGCUGGAGAACCGGCUGUUCAUUGCCAAAGAAACGACUCUCUUUUUGGCAGCAACUAACAUUUGCAUGGAUCCCUUAAUAUACAUAUUCUUAUGUAAAAGAUUCACAGAAAGGCUGCCUUGCAUGAGGUGCAGGAGGGCCUCACACCAGGAGCAACAGAGCAGCCAGACAGACCACAUAACCCUGGGCUGACCGCUGCCACUGAGCUCGCGGCCACAUGGCCACAAGGCUUCAGAAACCAUCUGUGUAGAGACCAAAUUUAAGCAAUAAAGAAAAAGAGAUGGGUACAAA